AUGCACCACCAAAAAAUCUUUCGCGCCGGCUUCGCCCGCCGGCCCGACGGAGGCCACACGGCCGUACUCUUCUCGUCAACUUACGAAAAGCCGGGCCUGUACGAUCUGCAGCGCAUCCGGCUGCGUGCGUGGCGUGCGCUGCUCUCUCGCGAGAUGAGCCAGCAGCACGUGCAGUGCACCUGGCUCACCUGGCUGGUGCUGGCUAAGCCCGUCCAUGUGUACGCGCGCGAGCCGCAGACUCCUAAUGGCAGGCAUUACGGCAGAGAGACGCAGUCAAAGCAAGACACCUCAGUGGCAGGUGGGCAGGCUUCGCAGUGUCCGCCAGGCUUGGCGUUCGUCUCGGACGUGUCUCCCGAUCCAUCGAGCCGUGUCAACGAGCCUCCCUCGCGCAUCCCGAAGAUCAUCCAUCAGACGGGCCGCAGCCGCUGCGUCUCGGCGAAGUUCCACGAGGUCAUGCGAGCUUGGAUGGACCGCUUCCCGGGCUGGGCCUACCGCUUCCAUGACGACGCCGCGAUGGAGAGCCUCUUGGCGCGUCGGUGGCACGCCUUCCCGCUGCUCCAUGCGGUGGUGCAGUGCGUCCACUCCAUGACCAUGAAGGCGGACAUGUGGCGUUACCUGGCCCUCUGGCGAUACGGCGGCAUCUACGCUGACAUGGACGUCAAGCCGCGCACGCUCAGCAACGCGUCGAUCUCUCUCGACAGCGAUGCGCUCUUCUUCAUCGACGCAAGUGUGAGGUCGCUGACCCAGUACUUCAUGGCAGCCACAGCGCAAUCGCCACUCAUGGAAUCUGCGCUCAAGGCGGCGAUCUGUCACGUGCUCGACUCGCGCUUCCCCGGCGGCGUCAAUCGGUUCAUGUACAUCGCGAGGACGACUGGCCCGGGCGCACUCAAGAGAGGAUUCGUCACUUUCAUGGAAUCAAACGUGAGCAUGAACAUCACAUACGGCACGAGCAUCACCCCAGGACUCUACAUUGGCCAGGGAGGUCACAGAGUUCGCGUGGCGGGCGAUCAUAAUCGGAUGAUAGUGCGAGAUGCGCUCGGACGUGCCAAGAAAGGCGAGUACACGAGCAUGAACAUGACACACUUCAGCGGAUUCAACCAACACAACGGGUUGAACGCCACAAAUCGAUCGUGCAUGAGCGAGGAACGGUCUUGUGCUGCGUAA